AAUAACCUUUAGACGUGAGAUUUUAUUGUGCAUAAUGAUUAGGUUAUUUGUUAGCAUUUUAUUUGCAACUUGUGGUAUUAUUUACGCGAAUCCGGACGCAAAGAGACUUUAUGAUGACUUGUUGAGCAAUUACAAUAGACUUAUACGGCCGGUCGACAAAAAUAACAACACGGUGCUCGUCAAACUGGGGUUACGUCUCUCUCAACUGAUUGAUUUGAAUUUGAAAGAUCAAAUCUUAACUACGAACGUUUGGUUGGAACAUGAAUGGGAAGAUCAUAAAUUUAAAUGGGACCCCAACGAGUAUGGUGGGGUCAAGGAACUCUACGUGCCAUCCGAACAUAUCUGGUUACCUGAUAUCGUUUUGUAUAACAACGCUGAUGGAGAGUACGUAGUGACAACGAUGACGAAAGCUGUGCUACACCACACGGGCAAAGUUCUAUGGACUCCGCCAGCAAUCUUCAAAUCAUCCUGUGAAAUUGAUGUCCGGUACUUUCCAUUUGACCAACAGACAUGUUUCUUGAAAUUCGGUUCUUGGAGUUAUGAUGGAGAUCAGAUUGAUUUAAAGCAUAUUAACCAGAAGAAAGGUGAUAUGGUGGAGGUCGGUAUUGAUUUACGUGAGUAUUAUCCCUCUGUGGAGUGGGAUAUUCUUGGGGUACCUGCUGAGAGACAUGAGCGGUAUUACCCUUGCUGUCAGGAACCUUACCCAGAUAUCUUCUUUAACAUAACAUUAAGGAGAAAAACGUUAUUCUACACGGUUAACCUUAUCGUACCCUGUGUAGGCAUAUCAUAUCUUUCAGUUCUUGUUUUCUAUUUACCAGCGGAUUCUGGAGAAAAAAUAGCAUUAAGCAUUUCGAUUCUACUUUCGCAGACCAUGUUCUUUUUACUGAUAUCAGAAAUCAUACCUUCCACGUCUCUAGCUCUGCCGUUAUUGGGUAAAUAUCUGUUAUUCACAAUGUUACUAGUUGGAUUGUCAGUCGUAAUAACUAUUAUAAUACUGAAUGUACACUAUCGUAAGCCGAGUACACACAAAAUGGCACCGUGGGUUAGAAAAUUCUUUAUAACGAAACUACCCAAGUUGCUUCUUAUGCGAGUACCGAAAGAUCUGCUGAGAGAUCUGGCUGCUCAGAAAAUAGCUGGUAGAAGUAUGAAAAAAAAUAAAUUCAAGAAUGCUUUGGCGGCGGUUGAACAGACGAACUCGAAUGCAUCCAGCCCGGACUCGUUACGUCACAAUAUGCCAGGAGGAUGUAACGGUCUACAUACUACUACUGCAACCAACAGAUUCAGUGGACUGGUGGGAGCUCUUGGUAGUCUGGGCGCGGGUUACAACGGCCUGCCCUCGGUUAUGUCCGGUCUCGAUGAUUCUUUGAGCGAUGUCGCCCCUCGUAAGAAGUAUCCCUUCGAACUGGAGAAAGCUAUCCACAACGUUAUGUUUAUACAACACCACAUGCAGCGACAGGAUGAAUUCAAUGCGGAAGAUCAAGAUUGGGGCUUCGUCGCAAUGGUACUGGACAGGCUGUUCCUCUGGAUUUUCACCAUCGCUUCGAUUGUCGGCACUUUCGCAAUCCUCUGCGAGGCUCCUUCUCUGUACGAUGACACUAAGCCUAUUGACAUGGUUCUGUCAUCUGUGGCGCAGCAGCAAUUUCUCCCAGUAGACAGCGGGGAUUCUUAAACAAUGAAUCAAGAAUUUACGAUUUCAUAUUCAUUUGACGGAAUCAAAAAAUCUUGCAAUCAACACCUUAAUAACAUUAUCUUAAAAGAUAUUGAAACUUAAUACUCCAUAUUCAGUUUUGUUAAUGAGAGCAUAUUGUUAAGAAUAAAAUUGUAAUUUGUCAAGCUUUGAAAUUAAUACUAAUCUAGAUAGUAAUAUUAAAUUCCUUUUCGAUAUUUAUUGAUUUUAAUAAACCAUAGUAGUUGUUUUACUGGACAGAUAAUCUUGAGGACAAAUGUUAGUUAUGUUAUAAUGUCAUAGUAUUCCAACUUUUAUAAAAUUUGCUAGG